AUGGUGAGAGUCAUCAACAUUGCAACUAUAAAGACGGCUAGCCGCCACUUUGUCCCCAUCACCAAGUCCAACGUGUCGAGAAUACAGCCUACAAUGAGAAGCUUCUCCAGCGUAAAGAGGGACUUCAAGCUGACCACAUUUGCCGUUGAAGCCUCUCCCGCGGGCGCCAGUGCCGCUGCUGAAGAAGCUGCAGAGAUUUUUGAGCCCACCAUCCACGGCGAUGAGUCUGUCUUGACUGCUGGUCCAGUCAACAGAGCUUGA